AUGGCGUCCGAAGACACAGAUACACUACUUGCCAUACUUGCCAGCCUUCUACCUGAACCUACACCUACACAUGAUAAACUUUUGGAUGCUCUUGUACGCGCAGAAGGGGACGUCCAGGCUGCCGCGGAGCUUCUGACCUCAAGUUCGGGGUCAAACCGUUGUGCUUUCCCAUCAUUCUCUCAGAAUGCCAGCCCGAGCCAAACCGACGGGACCCCAAGAGGGCGAAAGAGGAAGGGUCUCGAUACCUGGCUACAGUCUGAUGAUACUGUACCUACGAAGUCACGACGGACAACAUCCCAAGAACGAGUCUGGGAGCCUCCGGGGCCUAUCAAACCUCCUUCGUCUACACGCCUAACCAGCAACUCUUCCCAUAAGACAAAGAACGCGUUCGAUAUAUUAUAUCAACCAUACCGUGCGCGGUCUCCUUCCCCGUCCAAGGUUGCUCCAUCCUCGGGCGAUGCUUCUCUCAAACCUCCGUCAAGAUCAAAGCGACCGCCGUCCUCAGCAGAGAAGCCUGCGCUGAGCGUCAACGAUGUGCUUCGUCCGCCACCCUCGACAGCUCACAAUCCACAGCGAUAUCCACCGCUGACUCUAUCUACGCCUGCACUCAUUGCCCAGCAUACGCCUUGUACAUUGCACCCCUCCAUUCUGCCUCCCAAACUCGCAUGCGAUGUAUUUCAUACAAUGCUCGUUGAAAGCAAAAACUGGUCACGCAAUCGGUGGUAUUUGUUCGACAGGCUUGUUGAGAGUCCACAUACAACAGCAAUGUAUACGCGUUCUGGAGACGGUGAGAGCGAGGAAGUGCAAGACCUUCACAAGGUGGCCGCAGACUGGUAUAACGGAGCUAAGAAGGACCCUCCGCGCAAGUUCCCUGAGGUCGUUGAAGAGGCUUGUCGCAUUGUCGAAAAGGCGGUCAACGAGGAGAUGGCCAAACGGCAACGCUUUCCACUCGAAUGGGCGGGAGUACAUCCCAGCGAUGGCGGAGAGAAAAUCCUAUGGCGGGCAAACUUCUGCGCUGCGAAUCUGUAUGAGGGAGCCCAAGAAAGCGUCGGGCUUCAUUCAGAUCGCAUUACCUCAAUCGGUCCCUACGCAACAAUCGCAAGUAUCAGUCUCGGUACCACCCGCACUUUUCGACUGCGCGAAGUCAUACCGGUUGAUGAGCAGGAGAUACGCUCGGCUAGGACCUUCAACAUUCCGCUAUCACACAAUUCAUUGAUCAUCAUGCAUGGGUCAACACAAGAGCGCUUUAAACACGCUGUACCACCUCAAACCGUCCUCGACCGCUUCCGACCGCAGUACCCGCCUCCGCCAUCGCUUCCAGACCUGCACGUCGACCCCGGCAAUUGCAGAAUCAACAUCACGUUCAGGUUCUACCGACCUGACUUUCACCCCGACAAGGCGCCUCGAUGUGCAUGUGGGGGAACCGCCACACUACGACCAGAUAUGAAGAAACGUCAGCGCGAAACGGCUGAAAGAGGCGAAACGGAGAGACGGGGCGAGGGCGAGUUCAGGUACUGGUGGACGUGCACAGCUGGAGACCAGAACGAAGGGAAGACCUGCGGCUUCUGGAAGGUGAUGGAUGUACGAGCAGAGGGUAGAGGGCCGCUGGUCAUGGACUUGUAG